AUGGCAGAGGCUCCGCGACGAGACGUGCGCAACCAUGUGCUCUUCGAGGUCGCAACCGAGGUCGCCAACCGUGUCGGCGGCAUCUACAGCGUGCUGAAGUCCAAGGCCCAAGUCACCACGGCCGAGUACGGCUCCACCUACACCCUGCUCGGCCCCCUCAACCGUGCCUCAGCAGCGGUGGAGGUCGAAGAAAUCACCCCCAAAGACCCGGCGUUGGUGGCGACCAUCAAGAGCAUGAAUGAGCGAGGCAUCAAGACACUGUACGGCCGAUGGCUCAUCGACGGCGCCCCGCGCGUCCUGCUCUUCGACACCGGCACCGGCUACUACAAGCUCGACGAGUGGAAGGGUGACCUGUGGUCCACCGCGGGCAUCCCCAGCCCUCCCGACGACCACGAGACCAACGAGGCCAUCGUCUUCGGCUACCUCAUCGCCUGGUUCCUGGGCGAGUACGUCUACCACGAGAAGGAGCGCGCCGUCAUCGCCCAGUUCCACGAAUGGCUUGCCGGCGUCGCCCUGCCCCUGUGCCGCAAGAGGAAGAUUGAUGUCACCACCAUCUUCACCACCCACGCCACCCUGCUCGGCCGCUAUCUGUGCGCCGGCUCGGUGGAUUUCUACAACAACCUGCAGCACUUCGACGUUGACGCGGAAGCCGGCAAGAGAGGCAUUUACCACCGCUACUGCAUAGAGCGCGGCGCGGCGCACAGCUGUGACGUCUUCACCACCGUCAGCCACAUCACCGCCUACGAGAGCGAGCACCUGCUGAAGCGCAAGCCCGACGGCGUCCUUCCCAACGGCCUAAACGUCAAGAAGUUCAGCGCCACGCAUGAAUUCCAGAACCUGCACUCCAUCAACCGCGACAAGAUCACCGACUUUGUCCGCGGCCACUUUUACGGGCACAACGACUUCGAUCUAGAGAAGACGCUCUACUUCUUCACUGCCGGCCGAUAUGAAUACCGGAACAAGGGCGUGGACAUGUUCAUCGAGUCGCUCGCUCGGCUCAACCACCAGAUGAAGGCUUCAGGCACAGACAUGACGGUAGUCGCCUUCAUCAUCAUGCCCGCGCAGACGACCUCCCUUGCAGUGGAAGCGCUCAAAGGCCAGGCGGUCGUCAAGUCGCUGAGAGAUACCAUCACGCACAUCGAGAAUAAUGUCGGCAAGAAGCUGUUCGACAAGUCUCUGCAGUGGCGAGAGGGAGAGCCCAUUCCGGACGAGAAGGAUCUGCUCUCCGCUCAAGACAAGAUCAUGCUCCGCCGAAGACUGUUCGCCAUGAAGCGCUACAGCCUGCCGCCCAUCGUGACGCACAACAUGGUCAACGACGCUGAAGACCCAAUCCUGAACCAGAUCCGAAGAUGCCAGCUUUUCAACCACCCCAGCGAUCGCGUCAAAGUCAUCUUCCACCCCGAGUUCUUGAGCUCCGGCAACCCGGUCCUACCCAUGGACUACGACGACUUCGUCCGAGGUACGCAUAUGGGCGUCUUCAGCUCCUACUACGAACCGUGGGGCUACACGCCCGCCGAGUGCACGGUCAUGGGUGUGCCUUCCAUCACCACCAAUCUCUCCGGGUUCGGCUGCUACAUGGAAGAGCUGAUUGAGAACGCAUCCGACUACGGCAUCUACAUUGUCGAUCGACGGAUGAAGGGCGUCGAUGACUCUGUGAACCAGCUUUGCGAUUACAUGUACGACUUUACGAAGAAGAGCAAGCGACAGCGCAUCAACCAGCGCAACCGGACGGAGCGCUUGAGCGACCUGCUCGACUGGAAGCGAAUGGGUAUGGAGUAUGUCAAAGCGCGACAACUCGCACUGCGACGCGCAUACCCCGACAGCUAUGCCGAGGACGACGAGGACACCAGCUUCUUCGACGGCACCGAAGGCGUGAAACUAACCCGUCCGCUUUCCGCGCCGGGUAGCCCGCGCGAGCGGAGUGGCAUGAUGACGCCCGGCGAUUUCGCCAGCUUGCAAGAAGGGAAAGAGGGGCUGUCGACGGAGGACUAUAUCGCUUGGAGACUUCCCGAAGAGGAAGAGCCAGAAGACUACCCCUUUCCACUCACCCUCAAGCAAAAGGUCAAGGCGGCUGCUGCGACCGAGGCAGCGCUUGCCAACGCGGAAGCCCAGGUUGAUGGCGCCAAUAGUCCGGCGUUGCUCAACGGCGGCUCGAAUGGCGUCGGAAGUACGGCGGCGGCGGUGAAGGCGGCAGAGGGGUUAUGA